UGUCCACAUUCGCUGAUCCACUUCAUUUCUCAUUCUCGUGGAAGACUUGAAAGUUCUCUAAAAAUGCCUGGUCACAUCAAAAAGAGCGAAGGACCCGAUCCAGAUCCGUCUCCAUGGUUGAUUGUGUCCGAUGAGCUCAGGGUUAAGCUCAAAGCGAAGCCUUACGAUGCAAAGAAGUCCUGCUGGGUGCCUGAGAAGGCCACUGGUGGAUACUUGGAGGGUUUGAUUGACUCCACGGACGGAGAUAAGGUCACCGUCACCAUCUUGGAGACCAAAGAGAAAAAGGUUUUCAAGAAGGAUCAAGUGGGUCAGGUCAAUCCUCCCAAGUUUGACUGUUGCGAUGACAUGGCUGGUUUGACUUACCUCAAUGACGCCUGCGUCUUGUGGAACUCCGUGGUUAGGUACAAGAAUGAGCUCAUCUACACCUACUCUGGUCUCUUCUGUAUCGCCAUUAACCCCUACAAACGGUUCCCCAUCUACACUCAACGAGCCAUCGAUUUGUACAUUGGCAAGCGACGAACUGAGGCUCCCCCGCAUAUCUUUGGUGUAGCUGAAGGAUCCUACCAGGGUAUGAUGUUGGCCGGCAAAAAUCAGUCCAUCCUGAUUACUGGCGAGUCUGGAGCUGGAAAGACUGAGAACACCAAGAAGGUUAUUGCUUACUUUGCCUCCGUUGGUGCCUCUGGCAAGAAGAAAGAAGGCGAGGCCUCUCUUGAGGACAAGAUCGUCCAGACUAAUCCCGUCUUGGAAGCUUGGGGUAACGCCAAGACCGUGAGAAAUGACAACUCCUCGCGAUUUGGAAAGUUCAUCCGUAUCUGGUUCAACCAAGGUGGCAAGCUCUCUGGGGCUGACAUGGUUAUCUACCUCUUGGAGAAGUCCCGAUUGACCUUCCAAGCCGAGUUGGAGCGAUGUUACCACGCUUUCUACAAUCUGAUGUCAGAUGCUGUCCCUGAUUUGAAAGAGAAGUGCCUUCUGUCUGACAACAUCUACGACUAUUGGUGGGUGUCACAAGGAAAGACCUCUGUGGAGUCCAUCGACGACAAAGAGGACAUGCAGUUUGCCCAUGAUGCCUACAGGAUUCUUGGGUUUAGCGAGGAGGAGACCUACAACAUCUACAAGCUCACCUCUGUCGUUAUGCACAUGGGAAACAUGACCAAGGACUUUGUGCCAGUGGGCAAAGAGGAACAGGCUGAAAUCAAAACUGAUGAAAAUGCAAUGAAAGUUGCUGAGUUGUGCGGCAUUGAUGCCGAAUGGAUGAUCAACUACUUCUGCAAGCCAAAGCUGAAGGUCGGUACCGAAUGGGUUACCAAGGGUCAAACUUGUCCUCAGGCUUCCAACUCCGUGGCUGGUAUCGCUCGUAAGAUCUAUGAGCUGACUUUCCGAUUCAUCAUGGAGAAGUGUAACGAGACUCUAGUGGAACCAUCCAUGAAGAAAGUCCAAUACAUUGGAUGCUUGGAUAUUGCUGGCUUCGAGAUCUUCGACUACAACGGCUUCGAACAGAUCUGUAUCAACUUCUGUAACGAAAAACUUCAACAGUUCUUCAACCAGCACAUGUUCGUCUUGGAACAAGAAGAAUACGUUCGAGAGGGUAUAGAUUGGGCCAAUGUGGAUUUCGGUAUGGAUUUGCAGAAAUGUAUCGACAUGUUUGAGAAGCCCAUGGGUCUCCUGGCCAUUCUUGAAGAGGAGUCUCUUUUCCCCAAGGCCACUGAUCAAACUUUUGCCGCCAAGCUUCACGAGAAUUUACUUGGAAAGUGUGAGAACUUCCAAAAAGCCAGUCCCAAGCCUGAUCCCCAUGCUCACUUUGCCGUGAUCCAUUAUGCCGCUACUGUUUCCUACAAUCUAACAGGAUGGCUCGAGAAGAACAAGGAUCCUCUCAAUGACUCUGUGGUUGAAUUGUUUAAGAACGGAAGCAACAAGUUGUUGAUCGAAUGUUUCAAGGAUCACCCUGGUCAACCCUUGGAGGCCAAAAAGGAUUCCGGUGGACCCCGAAAGAAGGGCGGUGGCAAGACCGUGUCUUCUUUCUACAAGGGUCAACUGGAUGACCUCAUGAAGACCCUGUACGCCACUGAUCCUGCGUUCAUCCGUUGUGUGGUGCCCAACACUCACAAGAAACCCGGAGGAGUGGAGUCUGGCCUUGUUAUGCAUCAAUACCAAUGUAACGGUGUCUUGGCUGGUAUUGCCAUUUGCAGAAAGGGAUUCCCCAACAAGGUUCAAUAUCCCGAAUUCAGGGUCCGCUACAACAUUUUGGCAGCUGCCGCCGUUGCCAAAGCCAAGAAUGACAAGGCUGCAGCCAAAGCUGUCUUGGAUGUCAUCAAGUUGGAACCUGAGAAGUACCGUCUUGGUCACACUAAGGUGUUCUUCAGGGCGGGUAUCUUGGGUUACAUGGAGGAGGUACGCGAAGACAGGAUCGGUGAGGUUCUCUCUUGGUUGCAAUCCCAAGCCCGUGGUAAGACAUCUCGUAUGGUCUUCAAGAAGAUGCAAGAUCAAAAGUUGGCUCUUUACUGCUGUCAGCGAACCAUUCGUAAUUACUACAUUGGUAAGACCUGGUUGUGGUGGCAAUUGUGGUUGGCCAUCAAGCCCAACUUGAAGUGCACAAAGUUCGCUCAAUACAAAGCUGAGUACGAGGAGAAGAUCGCUAUUGCCGAGAAGAACAUGGCCAAGGCCGUAGCUGAAUGCAAGAAGGUCACCCAGGAGCAUGAACGUUUAUCCGCUGAAAAGUCCGAUCUUCAGCUUGCCCUUCAAAGCGGUGGAUCGGCAGUUCAAGACAUUAUUGACAAGACCAAUCGUAUCGAGGGCAUGAAAAACGACUUGCAAAAGCAAGUGGAUGAUACCGUUACCAGGGUCAAAUCUGAAGAGGAGGCAAAAGCUCAAAUUGAAGCGCAAGGAGGAAAGGUUCGCCUUGAUGCUGAUCGAUUGAGAGGAGAAAUCAAGGAGUUAGAAUCUCAAUUGGAACAAUGCGAGGAGGACAAGCUAACCAAGGAUGGCCAAAUCAGAACCCUAAAGGAGGAGAUUACUCACCAAGAAGAUAUGAUUGCCAAGCUUCAGAAAGAGAAGAAGGGCGUUGGCGAGGGUAAACAGAAGAUUGAGGAGGACAUCCAGUCUUAUGAGGAUAAAUGUAACCACCUGAACAAGGUCAAAUGCAAGCUCGAAUUGUCAUUGGACGAGGUGGAGGACUCCCUGGAACGAGAGAAGAAGUCCAAGGCUGAUGUUGAAAAGCUGAAGAGACGAGUGGAGGGAGAUCUGAAGCUCACUCAGGAGGCUGUGUCCGACUUGGAGCGCAUCAAAGCCGAGUUGAGCCAAACCAUUCAGCGCAAGGAGAAAGAGCUUUCUAGCAUGUCGGCUAAGAUCGAGGAUGAGCAAACUUUGGGAGGAAAACAUAGCAAGCAAAUCAAGGAACUCCAAACUCGCCUCGAAGAGUUGGAUGAGGAGCUUGCUGUGGAAAGACAAGCCAGAGCCAAAGCAGAGAAAAACCGGGCCAUCUUGUCCCGAGAUAUCGAGGACUUGGCUGAGAAACUCGAGGAUGCUGGUAACCAUACUUCCACCCAAAUUGAGCUGAACAAGAAACGUGAGAGUGAGCUCCACAAACUCAAGGCUGAGUUGGAGGAAUCUAACAUUGCUCAUGAGGGCACUUUGGCCGCUUUGCGACAAAAGCAUAACAACACCAUGUCUGAGUUGGGAGAGCAGAUCGACUCCAUCAAUAAGAUGAAGGCCAAGGCUGAGAAGGACAAAGGCAACAUGGAGCGGGACUUGCAAGACAACCGUUCUGCUUUGGAGGAAGCCAUGCGUGAGCGUGCCAACAUCGAGAAAAAUGGAAAGAUGACCCAGGGAUUGAUUGUGGAGGGAAACCAGAAGUUGGACGAGUUGGCUCGAGCCUUGAACGAAUCUGAGGCUUCCAAGAAGAAACUGAACGUGGAGAACCAAGAUCUUCAACGUCAAAUUGAGGAUACUGAGAACUCCAUUGCUCAGCUCGGGAAGCAAAAGAUUUCUUUGACCACUCAACUUGAGGACACCAAGCGGUUGGCAGAUGCCGAAUCUCGGGACAGAGCGUCUCUGUUGAGCAAGUUUAAGAACUUGAACACUGAACUGGAGACCUUGAGGGAUCGCAUCGAGCAGGAGUCCGAGAACAAAUCUGACUUGCUCAAAGCUUUGUCCAAGGCCCAAGCCGAAUCGCAAUUGUGGAGAUCCAAGUAUGAGACCGAGGGCUUGAGCCGUAUUGAGGAUUUGGAUAGUUGCAAGGGCAAGCUCCAAGCAAGAAUUUCCGAGGCUGAAGAAACCAUCGAGUCUUUGAAUGUGAAGGUGUCAAGCACUGAGAAAACUCGUGGACGUCUGGAGGUUGAGCUUGAGGAUCUUCAGCUCGAGUAUGAACGUGUUCAUGCUUCCGCCGUUAUUUCUGAGAAGCGGGCUCGCAACUUUGACAAGGUCAUCGGAGAAUGGAAGGCCAAGGUUGAGGACCUCCAAGCUGAGGUUGAUGCAACCAAUACCGAGGCUCGAAACUACAGCAGUGAGUUGUUCCGUCUUCGUGCCGCUUGGGACGAGUCUGUUGAGCAAUUGGAUGUCGUCAAGAGGGAGAACAAGAACUUGGCUGAUGAAAUCAGAGAUUUGCUCGAGCAAUUGGGAGAUGGCGGCCGAUCUAUCCACGAGUUGGACAAACAACGACGCCGUUUGGAGGUCGAGAAAGAGGAGCUUCAAGCUGCUUUGGAGGAAGCAGAAGCCGCUCUUGAACAAGAGGAGAACAAAGUCUUACGUGCCCAAUUGGAAUUGGGGCAAGUCCGCCAAGAGAUUGAUCGCAAGAUCCAAGAGAAGGAGGAGGAGUUCGAAAACACCAGGAAGAACCAUGUGCGUGCCAUGGACUCCAUGCAAGCUUCUUUGGAGGCUGAGGCUCGAGCCAAGGCUGAGGCUCUUAGGAUCAAGAAGAAGCUUGAAUCGGAUAUCAAUGAACUGGAGAUUGCGUUGGACCAUGCCAACAAGGCCAAUGCCGAGGCACACAAGUCCAUUAAGCGUUACCAAGGACAACUCAGGGACGUGGAAGGGUCCUAUGAGGAAGAAAGCCGUCAACGCCAAGAGAUUGCCGAGAGAGCCGGACUUGCUGAUCGCAAGGCCAAUGCUCUUCAAGGCGAGUUGGAGGAGGCUCGUGCUCUUUUGGACUCUGCUGAUCGUGGCAAGCGACAAGCUGACCAGGAAUUGGCUGACUCCCGAGGCGCUGUCAAUGAGAUGACUGUCGUCAACAACCGAGCCACCGCCGACAAGAGACAACUGGAGAGUGCCAUUCACACUUUGCACGCCGAAAUUGAUGAUAUGCUCCAUCAAGCUAAGAACUCUGAGGAGAAGGCCAAGAAGGCCAUGGUUGAUGCUGCCAGACUUGCUGAUGAGUUGAGAGCUGAGCAAGACCAUUCCAAUACCCAGGAGAAGCACAAGCGGGCUCUCGAAGGUCAAUUUGUUGAGCUCGAGCAACGUCUCAUCGAAGCCAAUGAUAUGGCUGCCAAGAUGGGCCGCAAUGCCAUGGCCAAACUUGAAUCUAGAAUUCGCGAGUUGGAGAUCGAGUUGGGCAACACCCAAUCUGGAACCUCGGAGACUUACAAGGCUUACCAAAAGUGUGAGCGUCGCAUCAAGGAACUCCAGUUCCAACAAGACGAGGAUCACAAGAACCAGGAGAGGAUGAGUGAAUUGGCCACUAAGCUUCAACAGAAGAUUAGAACUUACAAGAAACAGAUCGAGGAAGCCGAAGAGAUUGCAGCCCUCAACUUGGCCAAGUACCGUAAAGCUCAACAAGAGCUUGAGGAGGCCGAAGAUCGCACCAAGAGCGCAGAGGUCCAAUUGUCCAACACUCGCCAAUACCGUGGUGGAUCCAUCUUCUAAGAAAACUUGACGGAGCUCAACUAACUAAAUAAACCAAACCCAAAGCAAUCCCACAAUAUCCCUACCUCCGGAUCCAAAUAGAUCCGGCUCAAUCCUUCCCUCAGCAACGAUAAAAAACAACAAAAAAAUGAAAUCAAUUGGUUGACAGUUCAGGUCAUUAAAAAGCAAAAUUCCAAAAUAAAAGCAACUGAGAAACAAAAA